AUGUUGCGAACAUCACUCUUUAAUUUAAGAAGAGCAAGUUUAAAUGGUAAGCUCCUGUACCAGAAGAGGUUUCAACAUUCAGUGAUUGGAAUUGAUUUAGGUACCACCAAUUCUGCCGUUGCUUUAGUUGAAGGGAAGGAUGCUAGAAUUUUGGAAAAUGAGGAAGGUGGUAGAACAACACCCUCAACUGUAGCAUUCAAUGAAAAGAAAGGGAAUUUAAACUGUUUAGUGGGAUUAUCAGCUAAGAGACAGGCCGCCAUUAAUCCUCAGAAUACUUUUUUUGCCACCAAAAGACUAAUCGGCAGAAAAUUCAGCGAUCAAGAAGUUCAGAGGGACUUGAAAAACACCCCUUACAAAAUAAUCGAGAACAAAAAUGGAGAUGCAUGGUUGGAGACUACUGGAGGAGUUAAAAUGUCACCAUCACAGAUAGGAAGCUAUAUACUAGAGAAGAUGAAAUCUAUUGCGGAACUUCAUCUAUCGUCCGACAAAAAACCAAUAAAACAUGCAGUUGUAACAGUACCAGCUUAUUUUAAUGAUUCACAGAGACAAGCUACUAAAGAAGCAGGUAAAAUUGCGGGCCUCGAAAUUUUGAGAGUUAUAAAUGAACCUACUGCCGCGGCAUUGGCAUAUGGCGUUGACAAAAAGCAGAGGAAUGGCGUCGUUGCAGUAUUUGACUUGGGGGGAGGCACUUUUGAUAUUUCAAUAUUAGAUAUUGAAGAUGGAGUUUUUGAAGUGCGUGCAACAAAUGGUGACACACACUUAGGAGGAGAAGACUUUGAUAGAUUAAUAAUGGAGUUUAUUUUGAAAGAACUCGAGACAGAGAACAAGGAUAUCAAUAUAAGAGGUGAUCGAAUGGCUAUGCAGAGGAUUCGUGAAGCCUCGGAAAAAGUUAAAAUAGAUUUAUCGCAUGUUAAAGAAAGUGAGAUCAAUAUCCCGUUCGUAACGCAGGAUAAACAUUUUAAAAUGAAACUCACGGAAGAUCAGCUUGAUACGAUGUCUUUACACUUGAUAAAUAGAACAAUCGAACCCGUCAAAAGAUGCAUCAGGGAUGCUGAAUUAAAGCCAAAGGAUGUUGAUGAAAUUCUACUUGUUGGCGGAAUGACUAGAAUGCCUAAGAUUCGGAAAGUGGUAGAAGAAGUAUUUGGAAAACCUCCAAGCACAGCCGUUAAUCCAGACGAAGCCGUAGCUCUAGGUGCAGCUAUUCAGGGUGCUGUUUUAUCUGGCCAAAUUAAGAACGUCGUGCUCUUAGAUGUGACUCCUUUAUCUUUAGGAAUUGAAACGUAUGGUGGCAUUUUUAGUCCUUUGAUUCCCCGAAAUAGUCCAGUACCUGUAAAGAAAGAGCAAUUAUUUUCAACUGCUGUGGAUGGUCAGACAGGCGUAGAGGUUAGGGUUUAUCAAGGUGAAAGGUCAUUAGUGAGGGAUAACAAAUUAAUAGGAAAUUUCAAGUUAUCCAAUAUUCCUCCUGGACCUAAGGGAACUCCCCAAAUUGCAGUGUCAUUUGGAAUUGAUGCAGACGGAAUUAUUAGCGUCUCAGCAACUGAUAAGACACCGUAUCCCAAAGACCUGGAGUAUUAUGACAAAGACAACACAGUUACCAUUCAGGUCUCAGGCGAGACCGGCUUAUCUGAAGAAGAAGUAAAUAGAAUCAUAAGCGAGAGUGCAAAAAGUAAGAAGGCCGAUGAGGAAGUCAGAAGGCAUAUCGAAAAUGCAACAAGAGCGGACGUGGUUUGCUCAGAUACCGAGAAUGCUUUGAUACAAUUUGGAGAUCUCAUAGACAUUGAAGACAAAAACUCGAUCAAUCUGAUGUUGACUAGCUUGAGAAAAAAGAUCGAAGAUGUGAGAGAAUGUAGAGAAUUUCAUGAUCCUCGAUUGAUCACAAACGAGGUAAACGAAAUGCAAAAGGCUUGUCUUACUGCUAUUAGAAAAGUGGCUACGAAGCAGCAACAAUUGCAAGAAAAUAAAGAGAAAUAA